AUGCUUUGUGUGAAGUUUUCAGAUCAUGAGGAGCGGCUGUCUGGAAGUGAGAGGGAAGAGGAUGAGGACGAUGUUGAGGCUGCCCUGAAGAAGGAGGUCGGUCAGAUCCGUGCCUCGACGGAGCAGAAGCUGCGGCGGUUCCAGUCAGUGGAGAGUGGGGCCAACAACGUGGUCUUCAUCAGAACGCAGGGCAUAGAACCUGAGAACCUUGUGCACCAUAUAUUAAAGGAUAUGCACGCCACUAAAAAGAAGAAAACUAGAGUCAUUCUGCGCAUGCUACCUAUUUCUGGAACUUGCAAGGCUUUCAUGGAGGAUAUGAAAAAAUACACGGAAACGUUUUUUGAGCCUUGGUUUAAAGCCCCUAAUAAGGGUACUUUUCAGAUUGUUUACAAAGCUCGUAAUAACAGCCAUAUGAGUAGGGAAGAAGUAAUUAAGGAAUUGGCAGGAAUUGUGGGCGGCCUCAAUCCAGAAAACAAAGUCGAUCUUAAUAACCCACAAUAUACAAUUGUGGUGGAAAUAAUAAAAAACGUCUGUUGCUUGAGUGUGGUGAGAGACUAUGUUCUGUUCAGAAAAUACAAUCUACAGGAGGUGGUGAAGAGCAACAAAGACGACACACAACCAACCCCAUCAAGUCUGACAGAAGAACAGAACUCAAAGGUAGUAAAACCAGAAACUGAGGAGAAGAGCUCUAAAGAAGUAAAACAAGAGAACAAGAAUCAAGAUGAAAUAGAAACUGAGCCCAAGGGGAAUGAUGCACUGACAGUGUAGAAAAUGUAGUAGAAGGGAAAGGUAAACACAAUUGAAACCUAUUAAAAAAAGUUGCCCUAGAGUUCUGAAAGGGUGUUUUUAAGAGGAGAGUGGGUUUUGUUUUGAAAUCUUGUUUUUAAAAUCCACAUGUAAGAAUUUUAAUGCUGUUGCAGGUGGAGCUGAGAUUAACAGCAGGUGUAAGAGUGCUCAAGAGUGCGUUGUAACCUUUCUGGUGAAACUUACAUUCUUCUACAGCUUUGUUCCUCAUUGCCUUUACCUAGCACAAAAAGCUGGAGUGUGUGCAUGCAUAUGUAAAUGUAGCCAUCCUGACAUAUAUUGACUCUCCUUGUUAUAUC